UUUACAGCAGUCCCCACCCAGGAUCUGAUCCAGGACCAUGUAUUGCAUUCAGUUGUCUUUUUCGUUUCCUGUAAUCGGCAACAGUUACUCGGUUUUUCUUUUUCUUACAUAAUACAGACAUUUCCGGAAGGGUACACAUCAGUUAUAAUGUCCCUCAGCUUGGGUUUCUCGUGAUUAGACUAAGGUCAUGCAUUGCAGACCGGGCGUCAAUGCAUCACACAGAAAGUGUGCGAUGAAUGUCAGCUUGUCCUGCUGUUGAUGUUAACGUGGCCGUUCAAGUGGUGUCUGUAGAGCUUCUCUACGAUAGUUACUAUUUCCCCUUUUUAAUUAUCAAGUAAUUUGUGCAUAUUUAUGUGGAAGUCUUCGAAUGCCCUUUCAGUUUCAUGGGAUGGAAGGGAGUCUUUUCUUUCGGGAAAUGGAUACCUGAGUCUUGCGGAAGAGCCCCAGCACCGGCCAUACCUGCGACAUCAAAGUUACGCAAACAUAACCUUUCCGGAAAAGCGGACGGGCCCGGGCGUAACGCAUUCUGGGAAUUGUAGUCUUUGGGCGCUCCCUGCUGAACACCGCCCUGCGUCUCCGCGAGAAAGAGCCAGAAGCCGCCGCGGGAGGGCGAAGAGGGGGGCGGUGGGGAAGCUCUGCGCGCGUUGCACCAUGGGAUGGGUAGUUCGCGGCGUGCGCCCCGCCGCGCCCCGCGCAGGGGAACGAGACUACCCUACCCGAGAGACCGCGCGUGCCGGGCAAGGGCAAGCCUGCCUUGGCCUCGAACAAAUCAAAUCGAAGCAAAGAAACUGCCGGCUUUCAAAAUCCUCCUCCUCCGCCAUCAUCCGCCUUGGUGCGGAGAGCAGGUGGUGUUGGAAGCGCGUGAGGCCGGAAGCCCGAGAGACCGGACAGACAAGCGGGGUGGACAUCACAACCCCUGGACCCCAAGGUGGCGACUCCGGCCUGACCCGGACCCUAAAUCUGUCCCCGUCCCGUUGGGGCGGACGCACGUGCUCGGUUCCCCCCACUCCGCGGCGCCGCCUGUUUACGUCUGCAGAUCUCCAGGGGAGCCCACCAGCCCAGCCAACAUGGCCUCAGAAGACAUUGCUAAGCUGGCAGAGACACUGGCCAAGACUCAGGUGGCUGGGGGACAGCUGAGUUUCAAGGGCAAGAGCCUCAAACUCAACACUGCGGAAGAUGCUAAAGAUGUGAUUAAAGAGAUUGAAGACUUUGACAACUUAGAGGCUCUGCGUCUGGAAGGCAACACGGUGGGUGUGGAAGCAGCCAGGGUCAUUGCCAAGGCCUUAGAGAAGAAGUCGGAGUUGAAGCGCUGCCACUGGAGUGACAUGUUCACUGGGAGGCUGCGGUCCGAGAUCCCACCAGCCCUGAUCUCACUAGGGGAAGGACUCAUCACAGCUGGGGCCCAGCUGGUGGAACUGGACUUAAGUGACAACGCAUUCGGGCCCGACGGCGUACAAGGCUUCGAAGCCCUGCUCAAGAGCUCAGCCUGUUUCACCUUGCAUGAACUCAAGCUCAACAACUGUGGCAUGGGCAUUGGUGGCGGCAAGAUCCUGGCUGCAGCUCUGACCGAGUGUCACCGGAAAUCCAGUGCCCAAGGCAAGCCUCUGGCCCUGAAGGUCUUUGUAGCUGGCAGAAACCGUUUGGAGAAUGAUGGCGCCACUGCUUUGGCGGAAGCUUUUAGGGUCAUUGGGACCCUGGAGGAGGUCCACAUGCCACAGAAUGGGAUCAACCACCCUGGUGUCACUGCCCUGGCCCAGGCUUUCGCCGUCAACCCUCUGCUGCGGGUCAUCAACCUGAACGACAACACCUUCACUGAGAAGGGCGCUGUGGCCAUGGCCGAGACCUUGAAGACCUUGCGGCAGGUAGAGGUGAUCAAUUUUGGGGACUGCCUGGUGCGCUCCAAGGGUGCCGUUGCCAUUGCAGAUGCCAUCCGUGGCGGCCUGCCCAAGCUGAAGGAGCUGAACUUGUCGUUCUGUGAAAUCAAGAGGGACGCUGCCCUGGCUGUUGCCGAGGCCAUUUCAGACAAAGCUGAGUUGGAGAAGCUGGACCUGAACGGCAACACCCUGGGCGAAGAAGGCUGUGAGCAGCUACAGGAGGUGCUGGACGGCUUCAACAUGGCCAAGGUGCUGGCAUCCCUCAGUGAUGAUGAGGAUGAGGAUGAAGAGGAAGGAGAAGAGGAAGAAGAGGAAGCAGAAGAGGAGGAGGAGGAAGAUGAGGAAGAGGAGGAAGAAGAAGAGGAGGAAGAGGAAGAGCCUCAGCAUCAAGUGCAGGGAGAGAAGUCAGCCACGCCCUCACAAAAGAGUCUGGACCCUAACACUGGGGAGCCAGCUCCUGUGCUGUCCUCGCCACCUCCUGCAGACGUCUCCACCUUCCUGGCUUUUCCAUCUCCAGAGAAGCUGCUGCGCCUUGGGCCCAAGAGCUCUGUGCUGAUAGCCCAGCAGACUGACACAUCUGACCCCGAGAAGGUGGUCUCUGCCUUCCUAAAGGUGUCAUCUGUGUUCAAGGACGAAGCCACUGUGAGGACGGCAGUGCAGGAUGCAGUAGAUGCCCUGAUGAAGAAGGCCUUCAGUUCCUCGUCCUUCAACUCCAACACCUUCCUCACCAGACUCCUCGUGCACAUGGGUCUGCUCAAGAGUGAAGACAAGGUCAAGGCCAUUGCCAACCUGUAUGGCCCCCUGAUGGCGCUGAACCACGUGGUGCAGCAGGACUAUUUCCCCAAGGCCCUUGUACCCCUGCUGCUGGCGUUCAUGACCAAGCCCAACAGCGCCCUGGAAUCCUGCUCCUUUGCCCGCCACAGUCUGCUGCAGACGCUGUACAAGGUCUAGACUCAAAACCUCUCCCAUCCUUUGGCCUGGACCAGUGACCUGGGGAGGGAGUCGGAUGAACUGAGGUGCAGCCCGCACCAUCCCCUUGGACAGGACUCUGGCCGGAGGCAGGGCGGGUCUGUGUCCCGGGUGUCAUGUCAGUCCCCUGAGUACGUGUGUGGGUGUGGUGCGUGUGCAGGUCUGUGCCUCCAGUCGGGAUUUGGGUUUUAACCUCUGCCUACUGGCCCUACCCUGCUCUGCUGCGGGGAGUUGGCCCCCAGGGGAAAGGGCUGUGAGCUGCUCUGCCAUUAAACUCACGGCCACCUGAGGGCGCUAUGCUGAUCUCCUCCUGGGCCCUGAUGGCUGCCCCACCCACCUGCCUUCCGGGCCCCAGCUCCCUGGUGGAUGCAGAGCCCAGGGAGUUGCCCGCCUGCCGUCCUUCUCCUCUGUGUUAUGAUUGGGCUGUUUCCUGCCCCGCCUGGGGCUGCUUCUCGUCACCAAACCCUGGUCCUGCGGCAGCUGCCAUCCUUACCAUCUGUGCCACUGUGCUGACCUCUCAGCCUGAAGAGUGGACAAUGCCAUGGGUGGGACUGUGGGGGUGGGACCAUGUGGUUGUUGGCAGAGGGCAACCCUGGGCCCCACACUGUGUGGACAGCACAUUGUCCAGGAGCAGAAGCUGCUGGGACUGAGCUGGCCCCGGACCUAGUGGGCCCUCUCCUGGCUGCUGAGAUGUCUGUGACUGGCCGGGGGGCCGAGCUGGAAGGGACACAUUGGCAACCCAAAGCUGUUCUUCAGUCUGGGGAGGGAGGGGCCGGGCCCCCAAUGCCCAAGCUGCAUCUGGACGUUGCUCUUAGAGGACCUCGUGGGCAGGGGAGCGGUGGGGACUGGACUGGGCAGAUGCCCUGUGACCUCCCUGAGCACCCAUGACCGCCCCAUGCUUUCCGUUUUGUGCUCUGUGUCUGUCUGGGCUGUGCCCAGGGGCUUCACAAAUAAAGUCACAUGUGGCAGCUGCAGA